AUGGCGUCCACUGUGGACGCGAAGCUGUUGCGGCAGACCAAAUUCCCGCCUGAGUUCAACCAGAAGGUAGACAUGAAGAAAGUGAACAUUGAGGUUAUGAAAAAGUGGAUAGCGAGCAGGAUUUCUCAGGUUCUGGGUAAUGAAGAUGAUGUGGUCACGGAGCUUUGCUUCAAUCUUCUGGAAGACUCGCGAUUUCCCGAUAUCAAAGCACUACAAAUCUCUCUGACUGGAUUCCUCGACAAAGACACACCAAAAUUCUGCAAAGAGCUAUGGAACCUCUGUCUUAGCGCACAAGGCAAUCCUCAGGGUGUGCCCAAAGAGUUGCUCGAAGCAAAGAAGUUGGAGUUGCUACAGGAGAAGAAUGAUGCGGAAAGGGCGGCUGAAGAAGCACGUCAACGCAAAGAGCAGGAAUCCGCCAGGGAUCAUGAGGUUGACAUUGUCAGACAACAGGAGAGGGCAGAACGUGGACGGGGGCGUGGUGGUGGUGGCCGUGGGGGACGUCCUUUUGACCCGCGGCGAACCCGUGAUUCAGCUUCACCUCUACCACACAGACGACGCUCGCUAGAGAGAGGUCCUCCACCAAGACGAAAGAGAGGUCCCUCACAAGAUCACCGACACGUUCACCUUCUCGAUCACCUCCUCUAUCUUCUCCUGACAGUCAUCGUCACCGUUACCGUCACCGCCUCCGUUCCAGGUCUCGAUCUCAACGAAGACCGUUCAGGUCCAGACGGUCACCUAGCCUUUCUCUAUCGCCACCCAGAAGGGGCUUGGGGAGGCAUAGACGGAGGUCAAUUUCUCGUGGUGAUCGAUCACGCUCUGACUCAUAUUCUGUAUCUUCUCGCUCACGUUCGCCCAGAAGACACCGGAAGGUCUCCACGUCGCCAUCACCAAGCAUCUCACCAUCUCCACCACCUAGACGUCGUCCUAGAAAGCGAAGAAGUCCCUCCUUUUCACCGUCAAGGUCCUCCUCUAGAGAUCGUCAUAGGGGGAGAGGAUGAUAGAAGAGGAUCGCGGGCUGAUGUUGUUAAGGGCCCAACCACACGAGACGAGCGUCGGCUAAGUCGCAGUGGCGAUCGCCACGGCCACCCACGGCAACGUACGCGCAGCAGGAGUCGGAGUGGGAGCAGGAGCCGAGGUUAUCAGAGGGAGCGAAGACGGCGCAGGUCCUUGGAAAGAUGGGCGCCGCCGGCCAGAAAGAGGCGCAAUACUUCAUCUGUGACCUCCCCCGAUGACAAGCGGCAAAAGAUUGCUGACGCUUCUCCUGAUGAAGUUCGUUCUGAGCAGCCGCAAACUCGAAAUCACGCGGAUGAAGAUAUGGUGGCCAAGGAAGAUGAUAAAGAGGACCUUCUACCAACAUCAUCGUCAAUACAUACUACGGUGCCUGUACCACCUCGAUCCAUGUCCAAGUUGACUGCUAAUGAGCUACGAGAGAAACUUCUACGAGAGAAGAUCAAGGCCUCUCGGAAAACAUCCAUGAACGGAAAAGCAGGCUGA